AUGACGGAACCUGCAAGCACAAACCAAUUUCGUGAUGCCUUAAGCAGAUGGAACCAAUCACGUUCACAGGCAGCCACUCAACCAACAAGUACUGAUUCUGGAAGUUCCUUUUUUGGAAGAAUUGGAGAGUCGCUAAAUGCUACAGCCAAUGACGUAUAUCAAAGGUUACCUAUUUCAAGACAAGAUUUAAUCCAAGAAACUCAAGAACCGGAAUGGUUCACCUUAUCAAGAACAGAGAGGUUGAUUUUAUUUAUUUGCUUCCUUUUGGGUGCAGCGGUGUGCUUCACAUUAUGUGUCUUCCUUUUCCCUGUAUUAGCCAUAAAACCAAGAAAAUUCGGUCUAUUAUGGUCAUUUGGAUCUUUAUUAUUCGUCACAGCUUUCGGGAUAUUUAUGGGUCCGAUUGCAUAUAUGAAACAUUUGACCUCCAGAGAAAGAUUACCCUUUACAAUUUUCUUUUUUACAACUUGCUUUAUGACCAUCUACUUUGCUGCAUUUAUGAAAAGCUCUAUACUGACCAUCCCAUGUGCUAUUUUACAGUUAAUCGCCGUGCUAUAUUACGCAAUUUCAUAUUUCCCAUUCGGUGGUACAACGUUAAGAAUGUUAAGUUCUAUGGGGUUAAGCACAGCUAGAGGCGUAUUAAGAAUCUAA